GAACGAAAGUGAAAACCUAGUUUCCAUUUCAAUAUAUUUAUGUUUAAUAUUUUAUAUGUAUUUAACUUUUUUACGCGAGUGUGUCAAAAUAGUUAAGUAUUAACGUAUUGUAAAAUAAUAUAUAACAGUUAUAUUUUCAUUUUUUUAUUUUGCGAUAAGGAAUUCUCAGCACAAUAUACGUUAAACUGUAUACUACUGCAGGUGAUGAUAUUACUAUACUGCUUGGCAUGCAUAGUCACCGCCGUCAUGGGCGCAGUGCUGCCGCCACCCUGGGCGGACCCGUCUCAGAAUCCGUGCGCCGCAGAACCAUCGGGCGGAUGGCAGCUGCUCUACUGGCCGGACGAUAAGAAGUGUUACCGGAUAUUCCAACGUGGGUACCCGUGUCCGGAAACAAUGGAACUAGUGCCGCGUCCGGACCGUAAGGGUUCCGCGGAAUGUGCGUGCCCGCCUGGCAGCGUCCGUAGCACUCGUGACUCCCGUUGCCAUCAGCUUUUCCGGCUCGGCGGUCCUUGCGACGACGGCCAAUACUUUGCACCUGACCUGGACAGAGAUGACCGGGAGAGGUGGGGAACAUGUGAGGAUCCGUUACCAUGCGCAGAUAAAGCAGAACUGUUUUGGCCCAAAGACAAGCGCUGCUAUCGCAAGCAUUCCAGAGGACCAUGCACUGAAGGACAGCUAUUGGUACCUAGCACCAUGAACAAUUUAAUCGGUGACUGCAGAUGUGAAAACGUUCCAGAGUUGGCGACUUACUUUUGGGCACCCGCAGGCACGUGUCAUGAACACUACACGAUGGGGCCGUGUCAAGAACGCGGAGGCAUAUUCCUGCCGGGCGGCCAGUGCGGAUGUGACCCAUCACUGCCACACUUCCACAACGGCACGGGCAAGUGCUACCAACUGGGAGGUAUUGGACCCUGUUCCCCGGGACACCAAUUUCUGGUGCCGGCUGGAGGUUCCAAGGCCGAGUGCACGUGCAAAGAGGGCCACAUCAAGUGGUUCGGGGACGGCGCGUGCUAUAGACCGUACACGCGCGGUCCGUGCGCCGCGGGUAACAUGUACAGCGUGAACACAACGGCCACCGGUAUGGCGGUCGGAUGCGUGGACAUACCGUGCACCGCGGGCAAGCUGUACUUCCCGGGUGGCAAGGGCUGUCACCGCGUGGGUACGCAGGGCCCGUGUCCAGCCGGCCAGAUCGUCCUGUUCCAGGACACGGUCAAGACGUCCAUCGAAGGCGUGUCGUACCUGGGCAUGUGCGGUUGCGCCAACGCGGACGCGGCCGCCGGCACGUUUUACUCGUCGUCGUCAGCACUAGCGUGCAAGCCGCCGGCCGCGGCUAGGAAACUGCCACAGCAGCAGCAUGACGGCCGUGGCGCCGGCGCAAGCCCACGGCGGUCGGACGCGCUACAGCCGCAGGACCCGUGUGGUCACCGACGUGGCACUGUCGCCUGGACCGAUCUGUCGUGCAAGCAGCUGUACCUGCAGGGCCCGUGCGAACCAGGUGAAUGGGUGGUGCCGGACCGGGGAAAGGGCACCAGAAAGGGCAGGGGCUGGAAGAUGGGCAAAUGCGAGUGUCGGCCCGGGUUCACGGCCGUACCGGUACCCGGCGACGCCAACAAUGCCACGGCGUGCCAGCCGCCGACGGUCACGCUGGCCAAGUUCCUAAAUAUGAGUGACGAGUUCAACCACAACCAUAACAACCACAACAACAAUAACGCCACAGUCGAUGAACGCGGAGACGGUAACGACGACGGCGACGAUGAUAAUAGUAACAACAACGGAGUUAGGACGCGUUAAUUAUUAUAAGUUAUACGUUCAAAACGACGCAUUAUAUCAUAUCACAUCAUUUAUGCGCUCCGAAAAUGUAUGAACUAAAUUAAAUAUUAUGCGCAUGCGUAUAUAAAUAUUAUAUUAUGUCAAGACUGCAAAGUAUAUUACGUUAUACUAUAUAAUAUAACAUAAAAAUAUGAUGUUGAAUGUGAUUUGGCUUUAAGGGGGUCAAUGACAUUUUUGGAAAAUAGUUAACUACGUACGUGUGUCAGUCGUUCGGUCUUAAUCCGUUAUUUUUAUUAAUACAUAUAAAUAUUUUUAAUUUGUAUACUUAAUUUCUCAAAAAAUAAUCUUUUAUAUAUCUUGAUUUUAUCUUAAUCAUGUGUAACCACAUAAAUGCAUAUGGCUGUAGUGAUCAAUUAAAACAUGAAUUUUUUAGGAAAAUUUUGAAAAUAUUUUUUUUUUUUACAUUCUAUGAACAGUCUGAACUCAUUACUAAAUUUUGAAAGAAAAAAAUAAGUAUGUAUCAUAUUAUUUUUUAUCGUUAUCCUUUUUCAUUUUUACGUUUUUCUAUGACACAUAAUUUUAUGUUUUAAAAUUGAAACCUAAUUCAAUAUUUAUACACAUUAUUUCAUUUUUUUUUUAAAUAAUGAUCGUCGACAAAUUUAAGAACGUGUUUUUUCGUUUAGAGCCCACCUUAAGUAUAAUAAUACUUAAUAUUUUUAUCUUACUUACACAAUUCCUCUUAAAUGUCCUUUUUAGUUUUUAUUUGGGUAGUGACUAAUGAUCCACUCAACAUUAAUAGUGACAGUAUGUGUACUAUUUAAGUAGGAUCAUCGAUUUGUACAGUGUAUAUUAAUCUAAAUAGCAUGUAAAUCUGUAUUAUUACAUACAAUAGAUUAAUGUAUGAAAAAGCCAUUAGUAUAAAAAGAAGUCAUAAAUCCCAAAAUUAUUAUUUAAUUAUUUCCUUAAAAUAUAUUGGGAUGAACUUUAUAUAAUGGCGUAUUAACUCAUAAUAUAUUAUUAUCUUCCUACACUUUAAAUUAUAAUAAUUUAAUUAUGUACCUAUACACUUAAAGUCUCCAUAACAAAGUGCAGCGAUAAUUAAAUUAAAUGUUUACCAUUUUUUCAUAAAAGUAGGUAUCUAUUAUCUUAUAAAACUAUAAUUAAUAACUAUAUUAAAAACACAAAUAAAAUGUUUAUUGAUAUAUUUUUUAAGCAAUCUAAUGAAGUUUCUAAUGCAGUGUUAGGUACUUAGAUAAGUUUUUAAUGUAAGAAAAUUAAUGUUACCAACAAAACUGUAUAGUGACUGUAGAUAGUAAUUAAUUAUUAUUAGUUUAUAUUAACUAGAAUAAGUGUUUAAUGUAUGCUUGCAUUUUUUUUAAUAAAUUGUAAUAUGUAUA